AAGCAAAGCUUUUAUUUAAUUAAGGCAUGAAAGAUCAUGAGAAACAGCAGCAGAGGCGCAUGGAGGGAUAUCCAUAAUCCAUACCCUUAUAUCAACAUAGCCUGUACUACAAUUGGCCAUAACAUGAGCCACCCUAUUUCCCCUCCUUCCCACAUGAGAAAAGCUACAAGAAAGACAGAGAAUCAAGGUAAGCAAUGUCUUUUACAAUCAGGCUGAAGCAGGAAGGAUCACAAAUGCCUUUGGAAAGAUGUGAACAAUUUGAGGUUGUCCAUUUCCAGAAUAACUCGAUUGAAACCAGCUUCCAUGGCAAUGAGUAGAGCGAAUCUGGCAGCCAUAGCCUCUGCAAUAUCGAUCUCGAAGCACCCCUGGAUCUGAACGCAUGUUGCAGCCAUUAAAUCACCUGUAUCAUCCCACAUAAGUCAUAACACCCCCAAGCCCAGUGGUAUAAAAGGCGGAGCCCAAGUAUGGAUGAUUAUAGCACGUUGCAGCUAAUUUUGAUUUGACAAAGACGAUUUCAAUUUUGAAAAGCCUUAAAAAAAAAUUAUUAAUUGUAUAUCUAUAAUAGUAGCAACCUGGGACAAUGUCCGGACUACUCAUUAUAAUCUGUGUAAAAAUAAAAAAAUAAAAAAAGUUCACUUUGUGUGAGUGAUGCAUAAAGCAAAGGAUUUUACUAAUACGGAUAAUUAAAUCGUAAAGGAGAGUGUGAAAGGAGUUGGAAAGUGUAUUUUGCUCUACUACUUCACCAUUUCUGAAUACCCAGAAUCUUCAAAUUCUCUCUCUUCUUCUAUGAGAUUCCUCAACAAUGCGAACAUUCCUUCUGUUUAUUAACUUAAUACCCUUUUUUCUUCUCUUUUUAUCUCAAUUUCCUGUUGCUACUGCUGUUGUUUCUACUCCUGCUGGUCCAUUGAUUAAACACCUCUCUUCAUUACUCAAAUGGACUAAGAAUUCCCCUAAAUCAUCCCAAUCAGAUGGACCAGUAGUUCAGUUUGAGAGUGGGUAUUUAGUGGAGACAGUUAUAGAAGGGAAUGCAAUUGGAGUUGUACCCUAUUCAAUUAGGGUAUCUCAUGAUGGAGAGCUAUUUGCUGUUGAUUCAGAGGGUAGCAACAUUGUGCGGAUCACUCCUCCACUGUCACAGUAUAGUAGAGCAAGGCUAGUGGCUGGAUCAUUUCAGGGUAAAACAGGGCAUGUGGAUGGUAAACCAAAUGAUGCUCGUUUUAAUCAUCCUAAAGGGGUGGCCAUGGAUGAUAAAGGGAAUGUAUACAUUGCUGACACUGACAAUCUUGCUAUCAGAAAGGUUGGAGAAGGGGGAGUGACAACAAUUGCUGGAGGGAAGUCAAAUGUUGCAGGAUACACAGAUGGGCCAAGUGAGGAUGCAAAGUUCUCUACAGAUUUUGACGUGGUUUAUGUUCCGUCCACUUGCUCUUUGUUAGUUGUUGACAGAGGAAAUGCUGCACUAAGGCAAAUUUCUCUCAAUCAAGAAGACUGUGAUUCUAAUUACAGUUCCAUUUCAGUGUCAGAUAUUGUCAUGGUCAUCAGUGCUAUAUUUGUUGGAUACACCUCAUGCUUGCUUCAUCAGGGAUUUGGACCUGCUUUUAUCUCAGAAUUUCUACAAUCUUCUGCAUCAGAUGAUCCACAAAAACUACUCAAAGAGAAGCAAAAUUCAAUCCUGGAGAGCGUAAAAGAGGAGCAAGUUCAUGCUGGGUCUGGAUGGCCUCCAUUUGGACAGAUGAUAGGUGAUCUUGGGAAACUAGCCCAUGAGUCACUGAGUAAUGUCAUUGUUCCCUUAAUUCCCCCUCGUUUUAGCCCAAGGAAAGGACUCACUCCCUUGAAAGACGCUCUAAAGAUGCCUGAAGAUGCAGUACAGCCGCAAUUGAUAGCCCAAAAGCAGAGGACCCCUGUCCCUGUUUCUGAAUCCUGGCAAGCAUAUGCUCCAGAUACUACAGAAAAGCAUUCUGAAGCAAAGACUUUGAAGAUGAGAUCAGCGUCUCUGAAGGACCCUUCUUUGUCAAGCAAACACAGAUCUUCCAAAAGACAAGAGUAUUCAGAAUUUUAUGGUUCUAGUGAAGCCCCUCAUAAAAGUGGGCAGACAAGGUCUAAAGCACAUAAGGAGAGGUCAAAGCAUCGCCACCGAGAAAAGAGUGGAGAAGUAAGUUCAGGGGCUCAUGCAUCUGAGCCUAAACCUGGUGAAUAUAAAGGGGUAAAUUACAAUGAUCCAAGGUUUAACCCUUACAAUGUGGGGAAUAGAUAUAUGCCAGAUGGUUCCUACCGCUAUUAGACUGAUUUUUUAACGGUUAGUGAUGUCGGCAUGUUACGGUAUCAAAUUUUGUAUUUGCCAUGAUGUUGUAUGGCUAUCUUUACUUGGUCCUAGUGUAAGAAUUCGACUGAAAUUACAUUUGAGAUAUCUGAGCUGCUCAAGAUGACUGGAAUCAUUUUAUGGGUUCUGUCAUAGAUGUAAGAACUUCUCCGGGGGCAGGUCUGUAGGCUGUAUUCGUGUUGUAUUUAUCACUUCCAAGGAAAAAUUACAUAGCAUAUACUUCACUUUGGCUUCCCCAUGCAUUUCCCUUAAUUUUUCAGGCUAAAUAUCUUAUGUAUUGCUUAGUGUCUUGUCUUGAAUCUCUAAUACCCAUUUCCAUGCCAUACAUUUAAUACUACAGAACUUGUACAACA